AUGUCCCAAAUUUGCUUGCGAACUGGAUGUAGCAAGCCAGUGUACAUUGAAACAAAUGGACUUGCACAUCCCUACUGUGGAAAAACAUGCGCCUCUUUCGAAAUUAACAAAUCGGGGUGUAUCAAACGUUGUAAGAAUCCAAGUUGUUCACGACAAAAUUAUGUUGAUCUAGCCGGAUUUCAAUAUGAUUAUUGUGGGAAAACUUGUGCGAGACAAUUUCUUAAUUCCGAGGCACCUUAUUGUAUUCGAUCAAAUUGUCCAAGACGCGCUUAUACAGAUCCUCAAGACAAAAAGAAAUUUCAUUCUUAUUGUUCUCCAUCCUGUUACUGGUUAGAAUGUUCAACAUUAACCAAAACUAAAUUGAGCUUAUUAAAAGCAAAUGACUUGGAUUUCAUCGCCGCUCAUCAAAGAUUUAUUUCAAUGUUACCUCAAGUUAAUAUUAAAGCGAUUUUUAGGCUUCAAAUGCCCAAGCCUUUGGUUGAUGCUCAUCAAAAUCUAAAGAACCAACUUGCCAAGCAACAUAAUUUACCUUUAAACCUAGUCACUCAUAAAAUGUUUCAUGGUACUAAGGCUAAUUGUGAUCCUUUACAAUAUCUCAGUCGCCUUUCACCAUUAUGUUCGAAUGGUUGUGGAUUGUGUGGAAUCGUUACUCAAGGAAAUAAUACUGCUUAUUCAAGAAAUAGUGGUCAAAUGUGGUUCGCAAACCAUGCUUCAACUUCUGCAGGAUAUUGCAGCGGUGGAUCCGUAAAUGUUAUUUUUAUGGUUGAUGUUUUGGCACCAUCUGCAAAUUCUAUAUUGAUUGUAGGUCAAAAUGCGAAAACAAAAAUGCCGACAAUUUCACAAAAUUGUGCACGUAUUGGAUGUAAUAAAUCAAUAUACAUCGAAGCAGGUGGUUACAAACAUCCUUACUGUGGAAGAACAUGUGCCACUAACACUCUCCCCAAAUCGAGGGCAUGCUCUAAUCCAAACUGUACAAGACAAAAGUAUAUAGGUCCGAAUAAUGUUCAAUAUGACUUUUGUGGAAGAAGUUGCGCAAGACAGCAUCUUAACUCAAAUGUACCUUCUGCACCUACUUGUUCUCGAACAAGCUGUCCUAAACGCGUCUAUACGGAUCCUCAAAAUAAGACCAAAUUUCAUGCUUUUUGCUCUCAAAGCUGUUAUUGGUUAGAAUGUUCAACAUUAACCAAUACUAAGUUAAGCUUAUUAAACGUAAAUGAUUUAGAUUACAAUUGGGCUCAUCAACGAUUUAAUUCCAUGUUACCUACAGCAAAUAUUAAAGGAAUCUUUCGUCUUCAAAUGCCCAAGAGAUUGGUUGAUGCUCAUCAAAAUCUUAAGAAACAAAUUGCUACGCAAAAAAAUGUGCCGUUGAAUAUGGUUACUCAUAAAAUGUUUCAUGGCACUAAAACUUCUUGUGAUCCUCUUCAAUAUAUUAACCGUUCUAAACCAAUUUGUUCAAGUGGUUGUGGAUUAUGUGGAAUUAUUUCUAACGGUAAUGAUUCUGCCUUCUCAAAUUAUAACGGACAAAUGUGGUUCGCCAAUAAUGCUUCAAUUUCUUUGGGAUAUUGCACCAAUGGAGCGACUACCAAGGCUAUUUUUAUGGUAGAUGUAGUGUCAGCAGCUCCCAAUUCUAUAUUGAUUGUUAGUCAAAAUGCG